UUUGGUUUUCGACAUGGUCGGUCUUUUUUUUUUUGUUUUACUGGUGAAAAAAAAACAUAGGCCAGAAGCUUCUUCCUCUUUUUUUUUAAUUCCUAACCCCCACUCCAUUUGAUAUUUGACCAUCAUGCUUCGCGCUGCUUUCACUGGUGUUGUUUCCCGCGCAACUGUCGCUCGCUCCGCUGUUGCCGUCCGUCCCGUUGCCAUGGGCGUGAGCAAGCGUUUCUACUCUGCCGGUCACGAAGAUGAGAGCUUUGAAGCUUUCACUGAACGUUACGUCAAGUUCUUUGAUGGUGUUGAGGAUCUCUUUGAACUCCAACGCGGUUUGAACAAUGCUUUCGCUUACGAUCUUGUUCCUGCUCCCUCUGUGAUUGAGUCUGCUCUCAAGGCUGCUCGUCGCGUCAACGACUAUGCUACCGCUGUCCGCGUCUUCGAGGGUCUCCAGGCUAAGGUGGAGAACAACAAGCAAUACGAACAGUAUCUCGAGGAGCUGGCCCCUCUUAGAAAGGAAUUGGGUAUCUUGACCAAGGAGGAGAUGGGUUUCUAAAGCAUUGACGGAAAACAAAAAAUUGUGCAAAAAAGAAUAAUAUUAUAUUCAUCCUUUGUGAUGGUGGUUGAUUGUUUGAAUGGGCUGAUUUUCUGUCUCCCAUAAUUCUUUUUUUUUAUUUUUUCCGUUUUUUUACAAUUUCUCCGUUCAAGGAAUGAAAAAAAAAACCAAAAAACCUCAUUAAACUCAUUCACUAGAAUUUCUUAUUUAUAUAACACAUCGUGUAUUUAACAAAUAACAAAACCAGUGAUUUCCCCUGAACGAGAGCAUCAAAGAUGAAGAAUGACCAAUGUCAAGAAAGAAGUAGGCUUAGGCAAAGAAAAAUUCCG